AUGGAUGAAAACACUUGUUGGUGGAAUAUUCCUCUCAUAGAGGAAAUCUUUUUGAAGGUGGAAGUGAAGGUGAUAUGUAGUAUGGUGAUAUGCCCUGGGGGACAGCAAGAUGAAAUGAUCUGGGCAGGAACGAAGCAUGGCUUAUUUACAGUAAGUAGUGCUUAUCAUCUUGCUAAAUCUUUAGCAGAAGAGGGGAAGGGCUCAUGUUCAUCGGAGGAGGGCUAUGGGGAUGUGUGGAGGAAAAUAUGGGCAAUGAAGAGUCCCAGGGUUGAGCAGCUUUUUAUUUGGAAAGCAUGCCAAAAUGUAUUACCUACAAAAGGAAACCUUUACCGUCGCCGUAUUACAGGUGACCCUUUAUGCCCGCUGUGUGAGAGAGAAGAAGAAACGCCGGGUCAUAUUUUGUGGGGAUGUCCCUCAGCUCAAGAUGUCUGGCUGGAAUGCAGCAGGUCCUUCGAGAAAAACAACAGCGAUGAAGCCGAUUUUCUCCAUCUUUUUGAGCUUCUGCUGGGGAAGCUGGAGGAGAAGGAGGUCCAGCCUUUUGUGGCAGUUGCUCGUCAGCUGUGGUAUAGGCGGAAUUCAGUGGUUUUUGAGGGAGUAAUGCAUUCACCUGCAGCAGUUAUACAGAGGGCGAGAGAUCAGCUACAUGCCUUCGAGAAGAUGGAGCAGACACACGAGAAAGGCACUAAUACCACUAUCCCAGACCAGUUGGUCACGCAUUGGAAGAAACCCCCGGAAGGCUACGUAAAAUUAAACUAG